CUCAGCGGUGGUGGUUGCUGGAACUUGGGCUGCGACUGGGGCUGGAGUCGCUGUUGGGACCUGGUCGGCAGCUGCAGGUACAUGGUGCGGGUCCGAGCCGUGGUGAUGGCCCGAGACGACUCCAGUGGGGGCUGGCUGCCUGUGGGGGGCGGGGGCCUCAGCCAGGUGAGCGUAUGUCGGGUCCGAGGGGCCAGGCCCGAGGGGGGGGCCCGCCAGGGGCACUACGUCAUCCACGGGGAGCGGCUUCGGGACCAGAAAACCACCUUGGAGUGCACCCUGAGGCCAGGUCUGGUUUACAACAAAGUGAAUCCUAUCUUCCACCACUGGAGCUUGGGGGACUGCAAGUUUGGCCUGACAUUUCAGAGUCCUGCGGAAGCUGAUGAGUUCCAGAAGAGCCUGCUGGCUGCCCUGGCUGCACUGAGCCGAGGCUCUCUGACUCCUUCCUCUUCGUCUUCCUCCUCCUCCCCUUCCCAGGACACGGCAGAGACUCCCUGCCCUCUGACGUCCCACGUGGACAGCGAUUCCUCCUCCAGUCACAGCCGCCAGGAGACUCCUCCCACAGCUGUCGCUCCCAUUGCCACAGUGGAGUCAGCAACUGCUUUCCCACCGGCCACGCCCCCACAAAGGCGCCGCUCCUCUGCUCAGAGCUACCCUCCGCUUCUACCGUUCACUGGGAUUCCUGAACCUUCAGAGUCUCUAGCUGGGGCAGGGAGCCAGGGCUGGGGCAGCCGCGGCUAUGAGGACUACCGGCGAUCUGGACCACCGCCUCCACCCCUUGCCCUGUCUACCUGCUCUGUGCGCUUUGCCAAGACUGGUGCAUUGAGGGGUGCAGCCCUGGGUCCUCCAGUAUCACUCCCUGCCCCUCUCACAGAGGCUGCACCUCCAGCACCCCCUGCUCGUCCACCCCCUGGCCCAGGCCCCACCCCUGCUCCAGCCAAAGCCUCCCCAGAGGCUGAGGAGGCUGCGCGCUGUGUGCACUGCCGAGCACUCUUCCGCCGCCGGGCAGAUGGGCGUGGUGGUCGCUGCGCAGAGGCCCCCGACCCAGGUCGCCUGCUAGUGCGCAGGCUCAGCUGCCUGUGGUGUGCGGAGAGCUUGCUGUAUCACUGCCUGUCGGACGCCGAGGGUGACUUCUCCGACCCCUGUGCUUGUGAGCCAGGCCACCCACGCCCUGCUGCGCGUUGGGCCGCUCUGGCUGCUCUGUCCCUGGCAGUGCCCUGCCUCUGUUGCUAUGCGCCCCUGCGCGCCUGUCACUGGGUUGCAGCACGUUGUGGCUGUGCGGGCUGUGGGGGCCGCCACGAGGAGGCUGCGCGAUGAGGAUUGUUGGGCUGGUUUGGAAAUCGGUCUGAAGACCCAAAAAUUGAAGGUUCCAGGACCCUGAACAGCAUAUGAACCUAAAACCCAAACUUAGGUAUAUCUGGAACUUGAAUGGAUUUGAGAGAUCCCAGAUCUGGUACCUGGACCCCAAACCGAGGACUGAGAUCCCCAGACCCAGCUUCAUCAGGGUGUCUGUCUACCAGAAGUCCUGAAUUCUGGAUUCUCCCUCCCUUUUCCCCACUGAGGAGACUUAGGACAUUUUCAAACAUUGCAUCUCAAGGGGCCUAGGAGCUCACAUCCCUGAGACCCAGGGAUCUUGGACCCUAACUGUCAAAAUGCCCAACCCAGACUUCAGGUCAUACUUGACAUUGUAAACACUCAUAUUACAGCCCCCAAAUUAGUCAAGAAUUGCUAAAACUUGACUAUAUCAAAUGACUUAGACCUUGAGACCAGAGGUCCCAGAAUCGCCAGAAAAUGGUCCCUGAAUUUUUGCCUGAGGCCUGGUAUCUGCACAUUUACCCACUCUUACAUACCCAGGACCUGCUGAAGACACAAAACCCUCCUGGGUAAGAGACACUAGGAUGGUUUGGAAUCACCAGAUACUGGCCUGAAGUCUCCCCACUCCUGAGAGUCCACAGACGUUGCCGUCAGUUCAUGUGCAAGUGACCCGCUAAUUCCCUAGCACCCCAGGUUUAAAAACUCCUUAGAUAUCCUCAAACAUGAGAUAUUUUCUGACCAAAAUGACUUGGGAGGCCCUUUUCAGGGCGCAGCAAGGUCCAGAUAUCACACCAAGAUAGAUGCUCGGGGAACCAGGGAGCAAACACCUACCCCUCAAGCCAACCGUGAGAAUUGGAAUCUCAUGGGUGGGCUCUGAGAUGCCUGGUACCCUUAAAUGUAUGGUCGAAGGCCACCGGCACUUUGGGCCCGACACACUGGCUUGUAGAAAUUAGCUAACCUCCCAGUUUCCCUUAGGCCUGAGUUUUAAGACCCUCCCCCCAAAUAUUCUGGUAACAUUGGCUUCCUUCUGUCUACAAUUCCCAUUCACCAGGUUGGGUGGGAGCCUGGAACUUAGAAGAUGUGGUGGCCAUGGUAACCCAGGUCCUUCAUUCCUUGACUCUCAGCCCUAGAGCAAACCCAAAGUUCUUUAAGAGCACUGGAUCUAAGGCCACACGAUGUCAUUGGGCCCAAGGUGUAAGAGUCAAGCCUCCACAAUCUUGGGAUUGGUUUUGACUUGACAACUUCAUUCCCUUCAGACCAGAGACAUUCAGCAACAAGAUGCCCCAGGAUUUCAGCACCUUUAGGCUCCAGAUGUUCUUGAAUUCUAAGUACUUCUAGACUAAUGAAGCCCCCAUUUCCUCACUACCUGAUUCCCCUCCACUACUCCCACCCCUGUGACCUGCCAUCCAGAGGCCCAUAAAACUGGAAUGUCCCAGCAAUGCCCAGACUCCUACUCCCACCCCUUUUAUCCUAGGGCAGGGCACUUAUGCCAGUGUAAAUCCAGAUUCCUGGAAUGUGGGCUCACCCAUCAGUUCCCCUUUCCCCUCUCUGGGGCCCGGCUUUGUCAAGGAAGAUUGCACACAAGCUGUUAGCUCAGCAAAGGCAGGCCGUUGCAGGGGCCAAGCAGAGACAGCAGAAGAAGGCCUACCCUCUGCACACCUGGACUUCUGCAGCCAGCAAUUGCUUCACAGAAGCCACCCCUCCCCCAUCCCUAACCUUGCAGAUUUCCCACACUAUAACCCCUAGAACAUUCGGCUCCCUCUCCUGUGAAACCUCUUCCAUCUCAGUUGGGAGUUGCUCUGGAAGGCUCAGUAUUGUUUUGUAGCACUUCCCCCAUGGAGAAGAGAGGUACCACAGCUUCUUUUCCCUAAAUAGAGACACUAGGAUCAGGUGUCCUGGAUAGGAGACCCAAGACAGUCUUGAUGGUUUGUAGGCUUAGGACUUACAUCUGGCCCUAAGGACCUGGGAAUGAGCCCUUGAAUCAUUCAUUACCCAGACUUGGGUGGCCUUGUGGGAAUUCAAGGGAUGAGUAUUUGUGUCACUUUAAAUUAUUAACUAUUUAUUGUAUCCGGAACCUGUGAUUCAGCUCCCCCAAGCAGACCCUGGGAUGGGUGAGAGAAAAAUGGGGGAGAGGUGGGUGUCCCAUCCCCAUUCUGCCCUGCUCUCAUCAAUGUCAGACCCACCAGAGCUGAGGGAAGAGGAACUGGGGGCUGGGGCAGCCUGGGUCCCCGUCCUCUCCUUGUGCCUCGGUCUCCCCCCUUCCAUGGCAAGCGGGAGGAAGCUCCAUUCUUAACCUACCUCGUUUUGGGAAGGGGUGGGGAGGGGGGCCAGAGUGCUGUAUGGUGCUGUGAGAUCUUCGGAUUAAGCAGUGGGGACUUGGGGAAGGUUCCCUAGUCCCCCCUUUCCCAGGUCCCCCAGCCCUGUUCCUUGUCGACACCCACCUCUGAUCCAUGAUUACCUUUCAUUGCCCCCAUAUCUGGGGUGCAUGGAGGACUGAACCCUGGGAGCCAGGAAGACCUCAGAUCCUGGAGCUCCCGAGCCCAAUUUUCCAGCUGCUUUCCCCUCAGAUUGGAUGCUUGCCUCCCCCCCCCCCCAGAUUUGGGGGGAGGUACUCCAACUUAUCUUCCUGAUCUUGAUUCCAAGCCAGUCUGUGACCUUGUUAGCUUCAGUGCAGGCUGAAGAGGGAGGGAGGGAAGGCGGGCGCCAAAGACCCAGCCUUGUCAUUGGGGGAGGGGAGACUUGAGAUCUGCUCCAAGAAAUGUCUGUGACCUUG